GUCGCAGCCCAAUUUCCAAGCUGGGACCACAGCUGGGUCUUCCGGGGUGGGCCUGAUCGAAGAAGGACCCACUGCUUUAUCGCCGAUUCUUAUCCUGAUUUGGAUGGAUUUGUAAUCAGAAAGCACGAUUACUUCGAGUUGCGGACCAAAAUUCGAACGUAAAGAUCUGCGUCUCGUGGCUUCUAGUAUCGAGUUCAAGAGGAGGGACAUGUCAUUUGCCAUCGCGGCCCACAGUCGGUGAUCCGUGGUCAAUCGUCCUCAGCGGCCGCAUCCCGCCGCGUACUAUAUUGUUGUUGUGAUAAUGUGCUGAGUUGCGUAAGUGGCAAUAAAAGUGGACGCUGAUUGCUGAUAGGGAAGAAGAUAGUGAACGGGGAGCGAUAGAGCACGUAGAAAAGAUUCUCCAGCAAGCUGCAAGAAAAGUGUGCGUGUUUCCCAAGCAAGAAACGUUCUCCCGUCGAUCGGAAAAACGUCAGUGUUAUUGUAAUCCGUGCUGUACGGAUUACGCGAUGAGGCAGCAGCCGGUGGACGUCUCGCCACGGUGUCGGUGUUGAGACACUCGUCCCGGUCAUUUGGUCCGGGCGUGUCUUCGGCAUCAAGUCCACAUCGGCACCGACAGGCGAUAUGAGUACGAAAUUCAUAAUUGAUAGUAUGCUACCUGCUAAGUACCAACAAUUCCACCCUCAACAGUUGUUCUCAAGCGCGAAUCCAGGUACUAUUCAGGCGUGCACGACGAGUCCGGCCACCGCAAGCCUAGAAUCGAGUUUAUCCGCGGCUGCAGUGGCGGCCGCGGCAGUCAAUUACGCACAACAGCACAAUUCACCGAGUCCGACGGGUUCGAGUCCUCAGCACUCAGGAAGCUCCGCGUCGACAUCACCGGCGGCACGUACAUCCACCAUGUAUCCCUACGUGUCCGCCGCGGCGGCGCAUCAUCAUCAUCAGCAACAGCAAGCAGUUGCGGCCGCCGCGUUCGGCGCCACGUCCAGCAUGGUCCCCGGUUUUGGGUCCACAUCCAGCGCAGCCUUGGCUGCUGCCGCCGCCGUGGACGCCGCAACCGGCGACAAGUCCUGUCGUUAUACGGCCAGCCUGACUGGCAAUGUGGCACCUACAUCGGCUGAUCCUAUGGUUAAUUAUACCCUCGGUCACCAUCAUCAGAAUGGUGCUACACCCGGUAGUCUCGUCUCAUCUGCAUCAGCAUCCUCGGCCGUGUCGGCUGCUUCGGCGUCCAUGGCAGCGGCGGCACAAUUCUACCAUCAAGCGGCUGCUGCAUCGGCCGUCGUUGAUCCCUUGACGUCCUGCCAACAACCUACUACGGGUCAACCUGGGAUCUCGGACAUACCUCGGUAUCCAUGGAUGUCUAUUACUGAUUGGAUGAGUCCAUUUGACAGAGUGGUGUGCGGUCCGAAUGGCUGUCCGAGACGCAGAGGCCGGCAAACGUACACGCGGUUCCAAACAUUGGAAUUAGAAAAAGAAUUUCACUUCAAUCACUACCUAACGCGACGACGACGAAUAGAAAUCGCGCACGCGCUCUGCCUAACGGAACGACAGAUCAAGAUCUGGUUCCAGAAUCGGCGAAUGAAGCUGAAGAAGGAGUUGAGGGCGGUCAAAGAGAUCAACGAGCAAGCCAGACGCGAGCGCGAGGAGCAAGAUAUGAUGAAGAAACAGCAGGCGGAGAAACAGGCCAAGAUGCAGCAGGAGCAGCAGAGCGCCGCCCUUCAGCACCAGCAACAGCAUCACGUAAGCGGCCUGGAAAAAACGCAAAGCGAUCUUCUGAAGGCAGUCAGUAAGGUACCCACAUAGGAUACCUUACUGAGCCGACUCUCUUUCUUUUAAAGGAAGACACAAGAGACUGGAGCGGCCUGGACGAAGACUCCGAAGCGAAGUAGUUGGUAAGGUCGACCACAUAGAUGAUCCUCAGUUCUCUUCCUCUCAUCUUCGCAUACAAGAAACAGGUACGAAACAUCUGACAAAAAGAUUUUUCCGAUCUUCGAAUCGGUGAACUGGUUCUCGCGAGUGGAAGAUUUUGCGGAUACGGUCAUCGGGAUAUCGUAUCGAGGGGGAAGAUAGUGAGAAUUUAGGAGGUCUGGCAGAUGCACAGAGCGGUCUUCUCCAGAUGAAUAAGAAAGGUACGAUGAAUGCCUUGCUGAGUCGGUUCUCCCUUUUGUUCUUCUUAAGCAAGAAAAAGAAAAAAUAAGUAGAUGUUACGGUAGUAGAAGCGUAGAAAGAACGCACCCCACUCCCCCAACUACGUACUUAUUUGGCUAGCCCCUGAAGAGCGACAUGCGGAACGCUUCGCACGGGGUUCAGCCUGUGACUGAUUCCUAGAACGUAUAAUGUAUAUUGUUAAUCGGGUGCUACAUGAAUCAUCGCGAUUAUCAAGCGAUGAACGCACGAAUUGGCGCGAUACUGCCAUGGAGAGCCAAUAAUUACGUCGAGCCGGUGAGUAGACUAGUUAAACGAGCCGAAGCUGAAGAAUUAACGGUCAUAUGACUCGAAUUAUCUCGAACUAUCAGCAGUGACAUUAUUAUGAUUAAUUCAUUGAACGGAACUCUGCGAGAAGGAAGUUAUUCAGUCGAAUAAUGCACGAGCGAACCGGCAUUGCAGAAUGACAAAGAGAUGAGCGAGCGAACGAAAGAUUUAGCUAAUCUUCGAUCUGUCGCUAAACUUACCUCGCAUGUGCGAGUUUUCAUUGAAGAUUAGCUAGAUCCCUCUUGUUAUAGAAUGUAUCGUCGUUCCGGAGGAGGAAGUAUAAGGUGACGCGGUUUCGGAAAAAACAGCCUCGUCAGUUUCGACGCUGAAGCGUUCUGUUUCCAACGCCGCAUGAGCGUUUCGUUUCCUUCAUACAACUGUUAAAGGAAAUUAAAAGAGGCGUGAAAUUUACGACGCCCCCAGCGACACAACAAAUGUAUCUUUCGCGUUCGUGGACUUCGGGUACUUUUAAAUAUCCUCUUUCUAUACCGAGGUACAAUUAGAAGUAACUCUAACAUACACAACAAUUCUUCUCUACGUCGAUUUUCUUAAAGAAGAAGAAACACUCUGGAAAACGAAUCUGAGUCUUGUUAAAAUCCGGAAGUUUUUAUCGUGCGAAUAGGAUAAUUUCGUUACGUAUUCGAUUUAGCAAGUUUCAUUCAGACAUGGAAUUUCUUAUAAAGACAACUAGCAUGAUUCUGCCUUGCUUGGGAAAUCUUUAUAAAUAAAACAAUAAUGCACAUGGUGCGCUGCAAACUAAUUUCUUCUUGCAAAACAGUCCUUUCGAUACGUAUUUUAUAUAAAAAAUGAAUAUUCAUGAGCAAGAGAAACAUGUACCGUUUGUGUUUUUUCAGACAUUUCGAUACGUCAAUUCAGGCAAAUGGCAAGAAAUAAAACUUUUUGUCAAUGAAGUAUAGUAAAUUAUUUUUAUUUAUAUAUAUAGGUCCGUCACAUAAAAAUUUAGGGUAUUUAUUUUUUUACUAAGGUGAGUAAAAGUAGUAUCCUAUCAUGAGCAAUAAAAUAUCGCUGAAUUCGUGAACACUAUCGAGAACAAUUUAACGAACGUAAAUGUAACAUGUAAUACGAAGGCAUGAAGAAUACUCACGCACUGAAAAAUGAAGUAACGUGUCGCGAGUGUAAAACCGCUGAGUUUCAAGAACGCAUCUUCCCAAAUAUUGCUGAAUGAAUGAUGAUAAUUAUACAAUAUAUACAUACAUACAUUUAUAUAUAUAUAUAUAUAUAUAUAUAUAUAUGUAUGUAUGUAUGUAUGUAUGUAUGUACUUGGCGAGAUCGAACUUUACCAAGAUUUUGACGAAAAGUAAUUAUUUCAUUAUCCUGCCGUGUUGAUAAACGAAGGUACACACAUACACGAGUACACAUAGAUAGAAAAACAUUUUAAUCGAUUUGUCGAUGCGAGGAAUCGCGUUAAUCAUUGACGUAAAAUGUAUGUAAAGUACUUCAUGUGUUAAAAUCCAUAACGUAAUUUACAUAACAUUCACUCCCUUGAUUGUUUCAAGUAAACCUAGGCGCAUUUCUAAGUUGUUGGUGUUUUAUUAGAAAUUAUGCAGGCACGUGUAUAGAUUUGCGAGGACACUGAUAUUCAUGAAAGAGAGCACAGGAACCCGAAGAAAAGUAAGAAACACACGGUUGUACACGCUCGUACAUGCAUAUGUACGAGAAACACGAGCCACAUUACCGGACGAGUAUCUCACUCUUAGUACAUUAAAUACGUAAUUUGGUGUCAGGGUAGACCUUUCCAUAGAUAUAGAACCCGUUGUUGGUAUUACUUACUUAGAGUUCGUAAAAAAAAGGAAAAGAUAAACAUGAAAGAAAUAACCGAGAUAUAUAAAUUAUUACCUGAUUAUUUUUUUUCUCCUCCAUAAUAGUGCGAUCGAUGCAUAGGUCUUGAUCCGUUAUCGAAAAGUCUUAAAUGUUAUCCGAAGCAUGUCCACCGAUGUUAAUAAGGAUUAAUAAAGCAUAUGAUUGAGCAGAAGCUAAACAUUUUUUUGUUUGUUUUUUUUUAAAUACAAUUCCUAUUGACUCUACUAUUAUUUUACGAAGUGCAAUAAACGAAUAUGUUGUAUAUUUAUUACGAGAUUAAAGAGAUGAGGUUUUAAUCUGUACAGAGAUAACGAAGGGAUGAAGAUAUAUAUACGUAACGCAGCAGAAUGAAAAUCGCAUCUUUUUAGAUUAAAUCAGUCAGGAUCUAUCGCAUGGAUCGCCCAAUGACUAUUAUGACGUAAAAUCAUAUUGUACACAAUACUAUAUUAUAUAUUAUUAAAAGUAAUAAGUAUAUAUUAUAUAAAUAUAUAUAUGAACAAAAGAAAAGAAUCUUUGUUGUAUUGUGCACCAAGGCAAAAUUUUUGCUGGCGCGGUAAAAUUGUAGAAUACAGUUUGAAACAAGUACGUAAAUCGAGGAGAAAAAAUGAUACCUUGUUAAUUUAACUGAACGAAGGCAGCAUUAUAAUAAACGGCGAGCAGUUUCAAAUAGACGUCCGUAAUCAAAAAACGAAAAAGAACGCAUCUAAAACGAUAUGGAAGGAGAAAAAAAGGAAAAUGUAUUCGUAUUAGUAUUUUACCGCUAAUUACCUAAACUAAAAAUAAUAUUAUAAAUAAUAUUCCCAUACGUAACGUAAUGAUUAAGCUGCGCAUGUGAGUUCACACACACACGAUGUUACUCACGUAAAUAUCUCCUCACAUAGCGAAGUACCUACCUACAUACCGUACUCGUAAUAAUGUUUUAACAUGUAAUGUGCAAAACGAAAAAAGAAUGAAGUAGAAGAUAAUAUACGCGUGUGUAAGGGAGAGAGAGAAACUAAACUGUUUUACAGAAAUUAGGUUUGAAUAAGGGAGUGAAAGAGCACUCGCAGAAAUAUGGUUGCAUUUAUGGAAGUUACAAGCGCGCUCUGCAUGGAUGAUUAAAAUAUUUGUGGAAUAUCUUUUGAACUACGUUAUCUUUAGCUAGAAUGUUAAUAUAAAUUCCCGGAGCACUAUAUGUAUUCUCGUAACGUAUUAUUAGCAUCUUGUACUGAUACUGAUCGCACGUUAUUACGUUAUUAAGAUUAUUUAUGAUGAUUAUACAAAUUUAUGCAGAACAUUCACCGUGAUACGGUAUAUUUCAGAAAUAAAUUUAAUCGAAAUAGCAUAAUAACGAUUCAGACUAUUUUUAAUUAUUAUUAUUAUAUUCCUCCGCUAAUAAUAUUUCAACGUCUUUAAAUGUCUGAAACGUUUCUCCAUUAAGCCAUUAAGUUGCCGCGUGUGCAACAUCUUUUCAAUUUCAAAAUUAUAGAAAGUAAGCAUUGUCUAUUGCUCUUAUAUAUGAUAUGAGAAAUUCUUUAUCGCUUGUCAGCGUAAUCGCUAUAUCUUGGACCAUAUUUCAUGCUUGUGCUCGUUUUACGCAUAUGGAUGUGCAAAAACAUUAUGAAACGACACACCAUAUAAGUCAUAAUAUCGGUUCCACUUCACGUAAUCUGUUAUCACGUUAAAUACACGCAACGUAAUUAUUGUAUGUUUCGUGGCCGUAACACAAGGGUAUCUUUCACUUCUUCCGUCAUGCCGAGAUGUUAAAGGAAAAUAUGAUCGCGCACCUAAACUUACUCCGGUUCAUUGUAUACGGAACAAAAAAAAAAGAAA